AUGAUCUCCAACAUCCUCCCCCGCGGGCCACCCGUCCCCCGCCCCAUCCGCCGCCCAAAGAAAAUCAUCUACCUCGCAGUCAUAUUCUUUCUCCUCUACUGGUUCGGCAUCCGCCAUGGUCUCGGUCGCGAGCGCCUGCAAGAUUUUCCUCUGGGAUACGCUAUCAAGGGCGGCAGGCGCGGACGACACAGUAGCCUGAUACGGGGCGACAAGGGCAUGUCUGUGCUGCAACGAGCGCAGGCCGGGCACCGCCAGGAACACCCCAUCUACGAGCUCAUGGAAAAUGCCGAGACUCGCUGGACAGACAUGCUCGCCUCGCAAUCAAAGACGCUGCAGCAGGCGGUAGGGCAGUACCGAAAGCGAUAUGGGAUCCCGCCUCCUGCUGGGUUUGAUGCCUGGUUUGCGUUUUGCAAGAAGAAUGGGAUCAAAAUCAUCGAUGAGUACGACCAGCUCAUGAAAGAUGUCCUCCCGCAUCAUGCGCUUGCCCCAGCCAUGUUUAUCGCCCGGAGUAAAGCGCUGGAGGGUGCGGCGUACGCGUAUACCCUCGACAUUGACAAAGGCCGCGUGGGGAUCUCUGGCGAGAGAUCUAGCCACGACAGGCCAAAGCAUCUCCAAUCGUUGAUCUCGGGAUUCAUGAACGAUCUUCCGAGUGGAUUCCGGUUGCGUGUCACGGGGAGCGACCACGAUACGGGAAGUGUAGUGCUUGGGAAGGAUCAGAGGGAGAGAGCGAUGGAGCUCGUGAGCCAAGGCAGACACUUUAAGGAGGACGAGCUCAAAUCUUAUGAAGACCCCAAUCGUACGCCCGCAUGGGGCUGGUUUAAAGCGUGUCCUCUCGACUCUCCCGCCAAUAUUCGUCCAGGGGCCGAAAAUGCGACAGAGGACAUUCUUCCAAAAUCUUUUAUCCAUGACCAUCUCCCCACCAUGGACUUUUGCGAAUAUCCCGAGUUGAAGCGUCUCCACGGCGCCAUGUCGUACGAUUAUGUCAACCGCUCUCCCUCGGUUCUCAAACCCAUUCUCGUCCUUUCAAAAUUCCCUUUCGAUGCUUCUUUCCAGACCACUCCUAUGGAGGGGUACGCCAACAUCACUGCCGAUGACUUGCCCUACCUCGGUACGUGGGCCGACAAGACGGACAACCGUCUGUUCUGGCGCGGGUCCACGACGGGCGGGUACGGUACGCAGCGGGAUUGGAAGGAGAGUCAUAGGAUGAGGCUGCAUUUGAUGAUAAAUGGGCCCAAGGGAGGAGAUGCGUGGUGGGAUCAGCAGCUGCGGGAUGUCAUGGUGCCAGACGGAGAGGGCAGUUUCAAUGUCGUGAGGAGGUGGGAACGGGUGCUGAGCAAGGCUUAUGCGGAUGUCAAGUUGGCCGGAGUGCCUGUGCAGCAGUGUCCCUCUGAAGAGCUCUGCGGCGAGGUAUCCAAAACCAUCGAGUUUGGCAAAAAGGUGUGGCCCGACGAGGCCGUCAGGUUCAAAUACAAUCUCGAUGUCGAUGGCAACGGGUGGUCUUCACGAUUCCACAGACUGUUGAGCUCGGGCAGUCCGAUCAUUAAAAUGACAAUGUUUCCCGAGUGGCACAUGGAGUGGCUCACCCCCUGGCUCCACUACAUUCCUCUCAAAGCCGACUAUUCUGACCUUUACGACAUUAUGGCAUUCUUUGUCGGUCCUCUGGACGAUGCGGGACAUAUCGACACGGAAAAAGGACACGACUAUCUCGCGCAAAAGAUUGGUGAAGCAGGGCAGAGGUUUGCGCUGGAUCAUUGGUCGUGGUUGGAUAUGCAAGCAUAUACGUUCCGCCUUCUUCUAGAGCUCCAGCGACUGCAUUCCGUGGACCGCGGAUCUAUGGCCUACAGUGGGCCUGUCGUGUGA